CCACCACCACCGACAGCACCACCACCAUCACCACCUCUAUGAAAAUGUACACGCCACUUAAAGCAAUGACAGGGUUCAGAGGUCGACAUCCCAAACUUAACCCUCUGACCUCUUGGAAAACUGUACCCCCCCAAUCGUUUUACAACCCAGACCCCCAUACUGCCAAUCCCCGCGAGAACCGUUUCACUUCUACGGGGGAAAACCGCCCAAAAAAACAGAAAUCAGACGGACGGGAGAGGUUGUCAGAGGUCAAAUCCGAUUCCAAAAUAAAUUGCCUUGUUUCCCGAGCCUCAGCCAUUUUAAUAGUGCAGAUUUAUUGUGCUGUGCUUUUUGGAGGGUGAUCAUAUGUAUGUGGUCAGUAGCGCGUAUGCAGUCUCUGACCCAGCCUCCCUCUCACGUUACACCCUAUUUAUAACCUCCCCUCAGCCCCAUCCUCUUGCUCGCCACUUCCAGGGAACCAGCCUGUGCUCUCAGCUCCGGGCUCCAGGCACCCCAGCUCCUGCUGUCAUCCGAGAGGUCCCCCCUUCUGCAGCUCGGCCGCGGGCUCACUGUUUACCUCCCUCGCAGCCCGGCCACUGGCUGCCUGCUCCGGAUUAACCGCGCCGGGACACCCCUAUAAAAGAAGAACCCUUUUUUUUUUCCCCCUUUCCCUCUCAACUCUUUUUUUUUUUCCGUUCAACUCAAUUUCUUCCAGUUUUCUUUCUUUCUUUUUCUUUCUCUGACUGAAAAAGCACCAGAGGAGAGAGAGAGUCUUGGAGCAGCAGCCCAGCAGAGAGUUUGGAUAUACUUGCUGGCGAUUCCUUGGUCCUUUAUCACAUACUUCUCGGUUGGUUUAGUAACUUUAUCCCGGUCGCGUCCGGUUCCUCUCCUGCUUGUGUUCUCUCCCUCUCUCCCCCUCUCCCUCUCUCCCCCUUUACCUGUGCGGGGUCUGAGAGGCGAGGUCGCUGCGUGGUGCGAUGGAUCACACGCUGUUCGGGUGCCUGCGCAGCCCCCAUGCGUCGGCGCAGGCCCUGCACCCGGCCUUCACCCAGUCCCCCCUGACGCUGCACGGCCGCUCGGACCACGUCUCCUACCCGGACCCGUCCUCCUCGCCCUCCACCUCGUCCCCCUCGCCCUGCAUCGUCACGGGCUACCCCACCCCCGCCGACGACAGCCUCUUCCCGGGACAGCACCACCACCCGCACCACCACCACCACCACCACCUCCACCACCCCCACCACCCCUCUCACCGGGGCAACCUGCCCCCCCACCACCACCACCAGCAGCAGCAGCAGCAGCAGCAGCAGCACGCCCACGCCACCCCCCAGCACCAGGCCCACUGGCACAUCCCGCAGAUGCCGUCGCCGGGCAACGGGAACGCCGGUUCCCGCCAUGUGAACCUGUGUCACCCGCAGACCCACCAGGGGCCGGACAGGGCCCCCGGGGCCCACGACAUGGGCACCCCCGGAGGGCCCAGCAUGUGUGCCAGCACCCCAAGCCUGGGGGGAAGCAGCAGCCCCCACACGGGCACCACCUGCGCCCCCGUGGACUUUGGCCGGCAGACUCUGUCCCCCGCCGAGGCAGAGAAGAGACACGGCAAGAGGAAGAGUGACAGCUCAGAGUCCCAAGACGGGAACUACAAGUCAGAUGUGAGCAGUAAACCCAGGAAGGAGCGGACGGCGUUCACCAAGGAGCAGAUCCGCGAGCUGGAGGCCGAGUUCGCCCACCACAACUACCUGACCCGGCUGAGGCGAUACGAGAUCGCUGUGAACCUUGACCUCACCGAGAGACAGGUGAAGGUCUGGUUCCAGAAUAGGAGGAUGAAGUGGAAGCGGGUGAAAGGAGGCCAGCAGGGGGCACUGGCCCGGGAGAAAGAACUGGUCAAUGUGAAAAAGGGGACGCUGCUGCCCUCUGAGUUCUCUGGCAUCGCUGCCCUCCACCACUCCACAGACUCCUUAGCCAAUGAGGAGGACAGUCACGACAGCGACCAGAGUUCUGAGCAUGCUCACUUGUGAUGGUCAGAAAGAAAUAGGCCACGCCUCCGGAUAGAGGCCCCGCCCUUCUUGCCUCAGGACUGUCCUGAAAAGGACUGCUGUUUGCUGAUUUGCCAUCGUCAUAGAGAGUACAGCGAUGCAAAAUAAAUGUACAAUAUGUACAAAGGGAUAAUAAUGUGUUUUUAAUUGUUUCAAUGGUGCUGCCAUUAAACUGCUCCUAAGUGCUAGUUUCUAGCUGGUUUGUAGCUUCAACAUAGUUCUUUGACAAAUGCUAAGCAAAUACUCAAUGACAAACACCAAAGCAUAAUUGAUAUUUUAAAUAUUAAAAUGCUUGUAUAUUGUUGAAAACCAAAUGGAGUGAAAAUAGUUUUUAAUGAUAACUGUCUGUGUGUAUAUUACGCUGGGAGGAUAGAUAGGCUAUGGCUAUUUGAUUGCGCUGUUAAACGUUGCCUCAUUUGGUUUAUAUUGUAUGUAAUGUAACUAAACCUUAAUUGACUAACUAAUUAAACCCAGUGCCAGGAGAUCAAAUUUGUAAAAAAUAUAUAAAUUGGCCUACAUUUGGUAUGUACCAAGUUUUUCUUUGCUAACAUUAUUCAACUCAUCAAUUUUGUCAUGGAGAUAAUGCAAAUAAGAGCAAAUAAAUGGGAACCAACGUUUAAAUUCUUAA